AUGAGUAAGGUACCGAAGGAUCUUCUGCUGCGGUCAUGUGCUGAUAUUAUUGAUUACAGCAACAAAGUGAAGAAACGAAAGUUUACCGAAACUGUUGAGCUACAAAUAGCGUUGAAAAACUAUGACGUUCAGAAAGACAAGAGAUUCACCGGCACUGUGCGACUAAAGCACAUUCCUCGUCCCAGAAUGUCUGUGUGUGUGCUUGGGGACGAACAACACUGUGACGAGGCCAAAGCAGCAGGAAUUCCAUGUAUGGAUGCGGAAGAAUUGAAGAAAUUCGGCAAAGAGAAGAAGCCGUUGAAAAAAUUCGCCAAGAGUUACCACGCUUUUGUCGCUAGUGAAACCAUCAUUCGUCAGUUUACAAGGACAGUGGUUCCAAUCCUAACCAAGUAUGGAAAGUUUCCAAGUGCAGUCACACACAACGAGCCACUAAUGAAUAAGGUUGACGAAAUAAAAGCUACAGUCAAAUUCCAGAUGAAGAAGGUUCUCUGCCUGAAUGUCGCUGUUGGCCACGUAAAAAUGACUCCUGAGGAGCUGGCUCAAAAUAUCAACUUGUCAAUAAACUUCCUUGUAACCCUAUUGAAGAAGAAUUGGCAAAACGUCAGGUGUUUGUACAUUAAGAGUACUAUGGGUAAACCGCACAGGUUGUACUAA